AUGCGCAAAUGCAGCGACGACGACGACAAGGACGAAGAGACGAGGAAGAGGACGACAAAGAAGCCAAGAACCAAAACCACCAACGAGACUUCUCCCUCUUCUCCUCCAAACUCUCGCGAUUGUUGUUCUCCGCUUUGGCACUUAGUCACCGACCUUCCUCUCCUCUUCUCCGAGAAAAUCCUCGACACGAAGUUGGACAAAUCGUCCGUGAAGUUGUUCUUCGAGACGAAUCGAGCGGCGAGAGCGCUCGUAAAGAAUUACUCGCCGCGAGUGUACCAAACAUACGUCCGGGGAGAAAUGUUAGGCAAGGAGAGUAGCAGUAGCAAUAACAACAACAACAACGACAGCGACGAGGCGGCGGUGGAAGGGGCGGUAGAGUCGCUCUGUUUUAGCCGAGAAACGUUAAAGUAUUGCUUCGAGAGAUACGCGUGGGGUUUCGAAAACAACGUGUUUAAGUUUUACCCGGGGAGAGGAUCGGGACGAUUCGCUCGAAUCGUCGCCUCGACGAACAAAUUGGAGCUUUUAAAAUACGCCAGAGAGGAAGCGAAGUGCGACUGGGAUAAAGACGUUUUGAUUGAAGCCGCGCAACACGCGAACUACGAGAUGAUGAAAUAUUGCAUCGAAAAUCAGUGCCCGUUGGAAAGCGCCGACACGUAUUUAGGGGUUUUGAGAUACGGGUAUCGAGCGAAAGGCGGGAAGCCGUUGGAGUGUUUGAGAUAUUUACGGGAGACGGCGCAAGCGCCGUGGUAUGAUUUCGUGCUGUUUGAUGCCAUAGAUGCAUUCCAAGGGUUUGAUAUUCCCAGGGACAACACGGAGGAAGAGAACGAGAUUGUUUUCAAGGCGUUGAAGUACGUCGUCGAAAACGGGUGCCCGAUUCAAGAGGAACAGGCGACGAGUUACGCCGUGGACAUGGUUAACCAAGGGGAAGUCCAGUUUAAAGCGUUCAAAUAUUUAGUCGAAGAAGCGAAAGUGAUACCGUUGAAUUCAUGGACGCUCAUGCGCGUCGAUUUCUACUCCAGAUUAUGGUCUUUAGAGUUAUCCUUACGAAACGUCGUCGUCGGAGAGGAACCUUUAUUAACGGAAGAACAGUACGUGAGGAACUGUCGAGUCGGAGCGUACCUUCGCCAGAAAGGCUGUCCUCCGCCGACGAGCUUAGUGGACGAGUUUCUGGUGUUUCGAGACGCGAUGUCCUCGUAUAAGGACGAGUUCGUCGACGAACACGCGGAAAGCUUGUUCUGGAGUGAUUUUGCCCAGUUUUACGGCUUCGAUCCGUUCAUGAUCGUUUAA